AUGUCUUUGAGUCCUCCAAGAGAGCGAAUCAACGGCCAACAUAGAAACUUCCAACUCUACUGGUGCUUCCAAUGCAACCGCUCCGUCCGCGUCGCACCGGAUAAUUCCUCAGAGUUAAUAUGCCCACGCUGCUUCGGCCAAUUCAUAUGCGAAAUCACCAUACCUAGACCAAGGCUCAUGAUAGACUUCACCGCACACGAUCCCUCCCCAGAAGCGCGUUUGCUAGAAGCACUUUCCCUCAUGAUCGACCCGCCCACCCGUCGAUUCAACCCGGAAACCCAAACACGACGCCCGCAUCGUAACACACAAGAAGUCCCCGUGCACCGACGCACAGGUGAAAAUCCCAGCACCCGAACACAACCCGAACCCGGAAUCCAACAUCGUCCACGUACAUGGGUCAUUCUUCAACCCGUUAGUCCUUCAGAUUCAAACACUUUCCAACCCGUGAUUCAUCCACGUGGGCGACAGGGACCGAUUCCACGUGGCGUUGAUGCAGGAGAUUACUUUUUCGGUCCGGGUUUUAAUGAACUGAUAGACCAAAUAACGGAAAACGACCGGCAAGGUCCGCCGCCGGUGCCAGAGAGAGGUAUAAACGCGAUUCCGACGGUGAAAAUUGAGAGUAAGAAUCUGAAAGAGAAUUCGCAUUGUCCUGUUUGUCAGGAAGAGUUUGAAAUUGGCGGUGAAGCGAGGGAACUUCCAUGUAAACAUAUUUAUCACUCGGAUUGCAUUGUUCCGUGGCUUAGACUUCAUAAUUCUUGUCCAAUUUGUCGACAAGAGGUUCCCGUAGGUUCUGAUGAUGAGUGUAUUAAUGAUGAAGGUGGGGGAGGUAGGUUACGGAGGUGCUUGAGGUGGAGUCGUGUUACGUCUCUUUGGCCUUUUCAUGGAAGGUAUAGGAGAGUUCAUCCUCAAAGACACAAUGCUUCUGCUUCUUCUUCAACAAGGGAAUCUAAUUCAAGGUGGCAUUUUUGCUGCAUUCUUUAA